AUGACUAAUCCGGCAUCUCCAUAUCUUCUCGACCGCCUGCAGGCGCGUCGCGCAAACCUAAACACCCGCUCACGUCGCUCGGAUUCUGUUGCGCGACUGACAAACCUGGAUGAUGACCUGUUCNUCGACGAGGCCAGGUCGUCCGCCAACGACGCCCUAGCCACAACACCUAAUAACGCCCACAAUCCUACCAAUACCACAGUAUCCCUAGGCGCACGCGAGACCGAGAAGAGGAUUGACCAAUUGUCCAAAUCCAACUUUGAUCUGAAGCUCGAGCUCUUCCAUUGCAGAGAACGUAUGGUCAAACUGGAAAAACUACUGGCAGCACGCGCUGAGGAAGCAGGUCGACUGGUUGAAGAGAACACUGCACUUCUCGAAUUGAAUGAUAGCCUGGUCAAGGAACUGGAGCAUCGGGACGAAGCCGUGCAAGAGGCUGUCUCCAUCAUAUGUGACCUGGAAGAGAGGCUUGAGCAAAUGCAGAAUAUUCAACAAAAUCACUGCGAUCAACCAGGGAUGCCAGAGAUAUCACGCGCUUUUUCUGUCUCACCUUGCCCGAAAGAGGUUCUUUCACCACCGAAGUCUGACAAAGUAUCACCUACGAGAUCAUCUUCAGCAAGGCGCAUACCAUCUNUUGUGGACGACNAAAAGCCAAACACUCGUGCUUUGCGAAGCGUUUACCUGGAACCAAAGCCGACAUUGCAUGCUGCANAAAGCUUCACGUCUUUGACAUCGCAGAGGGAUGACGCCGAUAAGUCCGUCUCAGAUGUUGACACGUUAGAUUCGCCACGUCUGAGUGUCUUGAGCAAGAGCAGUUUCCCUUCCAUAUACGAUCUUCCGAGAAGCGACAAGUUUGACAAGCACGAGGGCGACGGUUUUGCUCUCCCCGACAGCCAGCUAGACAAUAUUUCACGGAACGCUGGUAGCAAGCACGACUCUGAUAGUGACAUCAAGUCUUGGAUCCAAGUGCAGACACCACAAUCACAUAACCAAUACUCAGAAAAGCACAUGUCACAGUCGCGUCGAGAUGCUGCUCGUACUAAACGACCGGCGUAUUCUACUGCAUCCACCCAAACCACCCAGAAACGGACACCCUCGCUCAAAGGCUCAGCGUUCGAUGCAGCUUUGUUGCCCCCAACACCAGACAGUGCAAGUACGAGCGUUCUGCAAGACUCGUACAUGAACGGCCCACUGGAUGCGCAGCGCAGAUUAGCCAAGAAUCUUCCCAAUGCCGCAAAGCAUGCAGCACUGCUACAUACUCCUGAGACGCCGAACAUCGUCGAUAUGAGCAAGUUACACAAGCACCCUCUGAAUGGCGCUGGGUGGCUCAACAGACAUAGCAUAUCUCUUUCUUCGACUGACGAGGAAGAUGAGUACUAUGAGGAAUCUGAUAGCGCUCGGACUGGCAGCGCAGGAACAGACAGUUCGUAUCCUAAUGGGNGUAGUAUCCUCAAGGGCACGCCGUCUAGGUUCCAAGUACGUCGCAAUGCCUCACCAGCUAGGAGUAUGCCUUAUGAUGAUCAAGGGAUCGAUCACAUGCCACGACAAGGUCAAAAGACGACUGAAAAAUGGGCGCUGCUACCUAGAAGUAACGAGAAGACGAGAUUCCAGAUGGAGCGCUCGGAGACUACACCGAACCUGGCAGCCAUCCAAUUACCACCAACAUCACUGCAAAGAAACAGCUCUACUUCUAAGCCCGCCAGCUUACAUCCACAGCGCAUGGAACGAUCAGAGACCACACCGAACCUGACGACAACCCUGCAAGCCGCGAACAACGUACCGAUGUUUCAACCAGGGCCUCCAAUGAAGCUACAUUCUAGUAGCAGCGGUGGUGUGCGAGCAGCCCUCUCACAAAAGACACAGAAGCUCUUCCGCCGUAUGAGCGAACACCACACUUCAUCAUCUGAGCAACCCUCCAAACUUAUCCGUGGUGUCUCGCCUUCAAAGCGUUCGAACCACCUCAGCAGCGAUAGCAACAGUGAUGAGUCUCUGGCUAUGCAAGCAGCCAACCAGUCCGGUCUAUCACGAAAUUUGAGUCCAUCACGAAACGACGCAGUUGAGGCUAAGAGUCCCAGUCGUGGACUGUUUUCGCGUGCGGCGGGUAGUCUGAGACGAUAG